AUGACGGUAAAGGACACAGUUAAGCUUGGUUUAAGGAAAGGCAUAGGGUCUGGUUUGACUGUGCAAAUAACCACAGAUCCUUGGCUGCCUAUACUUGACAGAGCUUCUCCUGUUCCCACUGUCCCGGGACUUGAGAACUUUACGGUUAGCAGCUUGUUUCAAAUUCAUAGCCGCUCCUGGGAUGCUGAAAUAGUUAACGACAUCUUUACUCCUGAUGAUGCUGCAACUAUCCUUGGAAUUCAAAUAAAACAGUCGGUUGAUGGUGAUUACUGGUACUGGUUUGCGGAGAAAAAUGGUCUAUAUUCUGUCCGUAGUGCCUAUCAACUAAUGCAAGAUCAAAAGCUUCCUCCAGCUUCUUCAGAAGGCCAUCUGUUUUAG